AUGACAAACCCACAAGACAACCCUGGAACUCCUCCACCACCCACUCCCUCAAAUUCAUCUACCCCUCCUCCACCUAGCACAUCUCCCAAACCCAGGCUGAGAAGGAAAUUGAAUGAGCAAUUAAAGGCAAGUCAGGCCCAAGACUCUAACUCUAACUCUGAUUCUGAGUCAUACAAAUCUGCUAGUGAGGGGGAAGGACCUGGGUCUUCUUACUCGGAGAAGGCUCAAGAAUCCCCUUCUAAGGUAAUUUCUUCUGUGACUGAGAAUUUAGAAAAUAGGUUUAUUUUGGUUGGGCCUAUCAGGGAUGUGGAAUUACCUGAGUUAAGACGCAUUGGAGAAAUUAUUGAAGAGAGUGGCAAGAAAUUAGGGGGAAGUGGUUCUGGUAAAGCUGCUGAAGGGUUAGUCAAUCUAAGCGCACAAGGAGAUGAACCUGGUUCAUCAACUGAAAAGACCCUAGCAGACCUGUUGAAAAAGGGAAGAGCCACAAGAAGCAGGGUGAAACAGAGUGAGAGUGAUCUACAAAAGGCUCUGGCAGAAAGUAAGAAGAAAAGGAUGGAUAAAGGAAAAGGGAAGGUUGUAGAGUCCUCAGAAGCUGUGAAAGUUGAGGAGAUGGAACAGGUCCAUCAGGAGAAAGUUACAAUAGUGGAGGGUAAAUUGCUGAAAGACCUGGUGGAACCAGGAAGGAUGAGACUAGUGGAUGCCUUAGCUGCUUAG